AUGGGAAAAGCAGUAUCCAAGUUAUCAAAGGAAGAUUUGAAACAACUUCGACAGGCUACAUAUUUCGAUAAACGUGAACUACAACAGUGGUAUAAAGGUUUUCUUAGAGAUUGUCCACUGGGUCAAUUAUCUGAAGAAGAAUUUGUUAAAGUAUAUAAACAAUUUUUCCCAUUUGGAGAUCCAACUGAUUAUUGUCAUUAUUUAUUUCGUGUUUUCGAUUUGGAUAAUUCCAAAUAUAUUGAUUUUAAAGAAUUUAUCAUUGCUUUAAGUAUUACAAGUAGAGGUACUGAAGAACAAAAAAUAAAUUGGAGUUUUAAAAUGUAUGAUUAUAAAAAAGAAGGUAAAGUUGGUUAUAAAGAUAUUCUACCAAUAAUUCAAGCAACAUAUAAAAUGGUGGGACCAAUGGUGGAGUUGCCUGCAGAUGAACAAACACCUGAAGCAAGAGCAGAGAAAUAUUUCAAAUUGGUUGGCAAAAAUAAAGAUACUGAUACAUUAACUUUAGAAGAUUUCAAACGUAUAGGUAAACAGGAUAGUGCUAUACAGUCUGCAUUAAAUUCAUACCAAGGUUUGGUGUGA